GAACUAAGUAAAUUUACUGAAUUAUGUCAAAAGAGAUUAACAAGGAAAAAGCAGGCUAGUUUGAGAAAAAGGAGAAAUAUCAAUUAUGAAAAUUGUCUACCUGAAACUCAAUUGCUAACUGGAUAA